GCUGUUUUCGACACACGGAGUGAGCGCUUGUUGCUAACAAGCUGAAUCAUUUGGUAGCCUUUUCUCCAGUUUCGUGCUAUAAUACGCGUCUUGUAGUGCAAUGGCAGCAAGAUAUGACAGAGCUAUCACUGUCUUUUCUCCCGAUGGUCAUCUCUUUCAAGUGGAGUAUGCACAGGAAGCUGUAAAGAAAGGUUCUACAGCGGUGGGAAUCAGAGGUAAAGACAUUGUUGUCCUCGGUGUGGAGAAGAAAUCCGUAGCGAAGUUGCAGGAGGAAAGGACUGUCCGUAAGAUAUGCGCACUGGAUGAGCAUGUCUGCAUGGCAUUUGCAGGUCUGACCGCAGAUGCUCGUAUUGUGAUAAACAGAGCUCGCGUUGAGUGCCAGAGCCACAGGCUAACAGUUGAGGACCCAGUCACAGUGGAAUACAUCACACGCUACAUAGCUACACUGAAACAGCGCUAUACUCAAAGCAAUGGUCGCAGACCCUUUGGUAUCUCUGCGUUAAUUGUUGGCUUUGACUACGAUGGAACUCCCAGGCUGUAUCAGACGGACCCGUCAGGAACGUACCAUGCCUGGAAGGCAAAUGCAAUUGGCCGUAGCGCAAAAACUGUGAGAGAGUUCCUGGAGAAGAAUUACACAGAAGACGCCAUUGCUGGGGAUAAUGAUGCAAUCAAGUUGGCCAUCAAAGCUUUGCUUGAGGUUGUCCAGUCAGGGGGGAAAAAUAUUGAACUUGCUGUUAUCAGACGAAAUCAGCCACUGAAGAUUUUGGAAUCCAAGGAAAUUGAGACCCUGGUGGCUGAGAUUGAAAAGGAAAAAGAGGAAGAAGCAGAGAAGAAGAAGCAGAAAAAAUCCACAUAAAGCAGUUAUAUAAAAUGUUGUCUUUAUUGCACUUGGAUGAUAUCAUACUUGGGUUCCAAAUAUUAGCAGGUUUCAGAAGGUUUACUCAUAUAUUUAACUGUAAAGAACUGAAUCAUAACCUCAGAUUAGCUGAUGCGUAAAUGUUUUUCACACAUUUGAGAGAUGCUAUAGCAGUUGCAAAGAAUUGCAAAAUUCUUAUAUGUCCAACUAUUGAGUUGACUGUUGUGAUCUCAGGUUAGGGUUCAGAUCUUAAACUGUGCUCCCAAUUUUUUUUUUUUUUUCAUUAAUUCUGAUAAAUUCCCGAUGCUGAAAUAAACUGCGAUACUCAGAACCUCAGUGAAACUAAAUGCCCAAUAAAAGCAGACUUGUUUGUAUGAUUUCUGUCAA